AUGAUUUGCAAAGUCGAAGUCGGCAAUUUGGAAUGCUUUGGCUGUCAUGGUGUGAAGGACCGGGAGAAAGAACAGGAACAGCCCUUUUUGGUAUCGCUGGAGUGCACGAUGUCGGCUUGGAGUGACGGCGACGACUAUGUAUGCUACAGCAAUUUGUGUGACAUGGUUCGUUCGUAUGUCAAGACCCAAAAGAAGAAUUUGUUAGAAGAACUUGCAACGGAUUUGGCGGUGCUCAUCUUCAGCAUGAGUCCAUCGUCCAUUGACACUUGCACCGUCUCCAUACGCAAGCCAACCGUCGAAAAGAAUAAACGAGCCGACCUCAUACAGGUCUCGCAGACCCUGGGUGCGGAGGAGUACGAGAACCUAACCCGACCUGACGUCUGGCUCUGGAAAAGAGAAUACAUGGCCUCUCCCAAAACCCCCCGAAAUUAG